UUCCCAGCAGGCUCUGCGGGUGUACGGGCUUACGAUGUCGGGAAGUGAUGUUAGGCGUAAACAGGUCCUGUAGCCGUGGCCGCUGCUGAGGCUGGCGGCCAGGGCGCCGGCUGCCACUGACCGGAGAGAGAAGCUGCCUGCAGACGUCAGCCUGGGUCACAGCCGCCGCCGCCGCUGUGGGGUAAACAGGCAGGAUAGGCCCUUCCAGUGGCUUCAUGCUCUUGUCCAGGCUGUUUUCUCUGCUUGGAAUGCCUUUCCCUGGCCUCCUCAUUGCUAAACUCUGUGCUCCUCCAGGGCGGGCACCACGUUGUACUCAUCUUUACCCCCAGCAUCUAGCAGUGUUGGCAUGUAGUAGGCCCUCAAGAAAUGUGUGUUGAAUGAACGAUGCCUGUGACAAGCAACUGGACUUUAUUCUUUCCUGACCCUUGCUCCUGUGACACACCUCUUCCUGGCUGACACUGUCACCCCUUCAGAGCAGGACUGGUCUUCUCUAGGGAAGCUGGAAAGGAAACAGCCAUGGCCAAGGACAUCCUGGGUGAAGCAGGGCUGCACUUUGAUGAGCUGAACAAGCUGCGGGUGUUGGACCCAGAGGUUACCCAGCAGACCAUAGAGCUAAAGGAAGAGUGCAAGGACUUUGUGGACAAAAUUGGCCAGUUUCAGAAAAUAGUUGGUGGUUUAAUUGAGCUUGUUGACCAACUUGCAAAAGAAGCAGAAAAUGAGAAGAUGAAGGCCAUUGGUGCUCGGAACUUGCUCAAAUCUAUAGCAAAACAGAGAGAAGCCCAACAGCAGCAACUCCAGGCACUAAUAGCUGAAAAGAAAAUGCAGCUUGAAAGGUAUCGGGUUGAAUAUGAAGCUCUGUGUAAAGUAGAAGCAGAACAAAAUGAAUUUAUUGACCAAUUUAUUUUUCAGAAAUGAACUGAAAAUUUCAUUUUCUAGCAGGAGGGCAAAAAAAAGAAAAAACCCCACAACCCCAAACCAAAAAAACCUCUGUACCAAUCCAGUGACUUGACUAAUGACCCAAGUGUGGUGUGGGAGAUGGUGUGUGAGGAAUGCAGCAUCUCUGAAGGCAGUAAAACAAAUCUGGGGGAACUUGUUUCAGACGUCAGUGCCUAUCUGCAGGCGAACACCCAGUGGCCAUUGUGGUCCAGGUUCUCACCUCUUGCAUUCUCAGUCUGAACUGAGCAGCCUAUAAAUUUUUUUUGUAAAUUCACAAAGCUUUGGAAGGAAAAGCAAUAAAUUAUUUUCAAAUGGC